AUGGCUUGGUCCACAAAUCUCCCGGAUAUAUAUGUCCGUUUUGCCCCGAUCAAGAGCACCGGUAUCCUCGACCAGAUAAUCUCCAGCGCCACGUCCGGCAGCAUCAUGUGGACAAAGACCGAGACGAUCCUGUCCUCCGUGACGUCCUCGACCAGCGGAUUGAGGGAGGAGCACGUGGCGGCAGACGGCGAAUGCGGUUAUAACCAUCGCGGAAAACUCGGUUGA